CGCAGUCCAGUUCACGGCCAUCCGCUCAUCGAUCUGCAUUCGCAGAGCGGACUGAGCGUGCGCAUGCCCUCCCCCUUCGUGGCCAGAGCGAAAUCCUCGACUCCCGACAUCGCUAGCACUCGAUGCGGGGGCUGGUCGAAUAUGGACUUCCCAAUUGCGGUCGGGCGUGUACCUCGCGCCUGACUGGUGCCGCAGAUAUCUCCCAACAGGGGCGAUGAUCGAUAGAGUGAUUGAUUGGAGUGAGCGAGCGAGCGAGUAAUCGAUUUUGCCAUGGAAUUUGCCGUGGGGAACGCUGCGGUGGUGGUCAGGAGGUGAUGGCUGGGCGGGCACACAGAGUGGAUGUGGUGGUGGUUGUCGCCGUUGGUCGUUGGUGUGAUUAGGGUGCCGGCCGAGGAUCGCUACCAGUCUGACAGUAUGAUCUGUGUGGGGACAACGAGCGGGCACUCACGCUGGGAAUUUGCGAACCUGAAGAUUCAGCGACGGAGGGUGAGGAAGCUGGAGAAGCCGCAGUUGUCUGUGCAGUCUUCGUUGGAGGUUCCAGCGAGGCCUCCGAGUUUGCCACCCAAUUGCGCACUUUCAUCGCAGAGGAUCGAGACAAUUCGCCGAUUUUGUAGCUUCACGUAUCCGAUUGCGUUCAGGUCCCGGAGAAUGGGGGAUAUUAUCGACCUCGUGGCUGAGGAGCCGGGGUCCGAUUUAACGAGGAGAGCUGGGAAUGGUCAGCGUUUUUCUAGUUUGAGACCAUCCGGUGGUGGCAAAAGAUUAACCUUUGCCCUUCCAGCUGGAAAAGCAUCGGAAUUCUUCAAUUCGUCGUAUGGGAGAAAAGGUCAGACUUUAUUCUGCAGGGCUGAGAGGAUUUCCAAAGAGCGCAAAAACGGUCGAUCUUCUUUCGACUACGAAACGGGCACGGAAACUGAAGCAGAUGUUGGUGGUGGCUUGCUGGAUGACACCAGCAUGUGGGAUUCCAAUGCAGAAGGCAUAAGGAGGGGAAGAUUCAAAAAGAAUUCGAACAUAAAUUCGGACUUGCCUGGAAGAGACAGGACUCAAACUCAACAGGAUCCUGAGUUUGAUGGUGAUGAAGCCAGAAGCACGAGAAGUAGGCCACAGAAGCAACAGAUUUGGGACUCUGUCGACGUUGAGCCUAGAACCAGAGAGAAGUUUGAGAAAGAUGAAUGGGACUACGACGCCGAAGCCAGAACUUCCAGAGGCGAAACUCCUCGAGGAGAAAGUAGACGACGGUGGCAAUCCAGAGAGGACGAUGAUGCUGAAUCGUACGAAGAACCAGAUGAAGCGGCAACGAAUUUCAAGGACGUAUUCUCAUGGGUGAAUGCGGACGUGAAAGAUGCAUUCGUCUUAAUCCGAUGGGGAUUGCCUGCAGCCGUGCUUCUCGUUCCAUGGCUCAUGGGCAACCCUAUGAUGCUGCUAAUUGGCCUCUCCUUCAUACCAGCUGCAAACAAGUUCAUAGGACCCAUAGCCAACCAGAUCUUUCGCACAGUUAUGUCAGGGGGUUCUACUCCCAAACCCAGAAGGAGACGUAAACCGAAUACUGGAUCAUCAUCAUCGAGUCGGAGGAGUCAGCAGCAGGCACAGAGACCUCCGGCGUACAAUGACAGAGAAGCUCCAGCAGCAUCGAGCUCCUCCGGUGUUGAUCCAGGGGAAGCUGAUUUGUUCACCUCAGUAUCCACCACGAUCUUCGGGGAUCCGAAUGUCGACGAUGUGCCGAGAAAGGCUACGAGGCUGGGUCGGUCUAACGGCACGGGAGGUUCUACAACGAGAAGACUGGGUGGAUGGGAGGAUUUAGAGGACGACAGGGCCAGAGCUAGGGCCGACAGAUGGCCUACAAAACGUAGAGGAAGCAGUAGCAGCAGCAGCAGCUGGUCCGAGAAGAAGAUUGUCAAGAGGGAAGAGAGGAACAUCUUCGUCAGAUUAAUUCUCGCCUUAUUCCCCUUCCUUCGUGACUGGGGUGGACUGAUGUGAUGUGGGCAUUCCCUCGAACAGGAACCUGGAAUUUUUCUCGGGAUUCCAGUAGUUCUAUAUAAGUAUAUUAGAGACAAACAUUCAGUCCUCUUCAGGCAGGUUUUCAGUACUCACAGCACACGUAUGCAGAAUCUGCUCUCCCAUUAGUCAAUCGAUAGCCUCGGAGUAACUUGGUGUUGGUGCAUUAUUAUAUCAUCAUCAGUCAUGGUCUCUGUACGGGAGAUGUUGUCGUUCUCUGGAGAAGAAGAAGAGCAGAACCUCGUGCUGCUCGGUGAUCCACGUUAGCAGCAGCGUCUCGCAGUCAUUGAAGAUUUGGACGGUCGAACGGGCGAAUGAACAAUUGAAAACUUCUACAUCUGCAUGCAUUAAAUUUGAAAUAUCUUUUGAUUUUGGUUUCCAUAAAGUGUUGCAGCCGUUUAUUACAAGCGAUAUGACUUCACUUUUAAUUCGAUCAAUACGAUGGAUUUGAAGGAAAAGGAAAGAAAAAUUAAUUCAUUGGUUUUGUUCCACCAGAGUUUUUCGCACUUCGUUUAUAUAUGGGCGGAACAUUUUGAUGAGAUUGCAGUGAAAACGAUGGUUGUUUUGUAGUCGCUUUUGACCAAUUCAAGAUUUACUCCAGUGGCGUUCAAUGUAAGUCUGAUAACCAGAUUGUGUGACUGAGCAGAAGAAUUGUUGUGAUUCUUCUUGUAAUGGAAGCUCGCUGCAUAUUCAGGGGUGUGGAGUCUGUCAUUUGUAUCAUACAAGGGGCUGUACAAUCGUGG